AUGGAUUGCCUUGACAAGGCGUUAUGGUAUAGUAGGAAGACCGAAGAUUUUCCUUUGAACCCAGAUGAGAUCUUCCAUGCGUAUGGUACAAGCCAAGGACAAGACUACACCACGCAUCAUCACAACAUCAGAAUCGACGUCCAGUUUUCCAGGAAUACAACAACUAUUCCUCGGUUCCGAAUUCUGGUGUUAGGAGAGACUGGCGUCGGUACGUCAUCAUUGAUCAGCCGCGUAUUUGGAGUGGAAGAAAUGAUCGAUUUGCCUGGGGCCAGCAUUGAUCAUGAAUUCACCUCACCUCAAAACGACAAGUUUGUUCUCCACGGUAGCAAAGGUUUUGGACUCAAAGACAACCUCGUAAAAAUCCGAGAUUUCAUUGACCAUCGGAGGAACAUGUCCCCAGAACAUCAGUUGCAUGCUGUUUGGCUCUGCCUUGAGACACCCCGUACAGGCGAACGUUUUAUAGACAAGAGAAUGGAGGAAUACUGGGAAACGGUGAGUGAAGCGGUUACUAUCUCUCUCCUACGUUGGAGCUCACACUUUGUCAAAGUUCCCGUCAUUGUCGUUCUUACUAAAUACGAUAGGUUCAUUGAUCACAUACAGUCAACUCUAGAUAAAACCUGCCUCAAAGAAUUGAGCAAUGAAGCCAUCAAGGAACUCGCAAAGAAGAACGCAGAAGCUGAGCUGCAGAAUAUCUGCAUCAGACCUCUAGGGAAAUUUGCAGGGUUUAAUAUUCCCCACGCUGCGAUCUCCUCUAACGAAGAUUAUAAGAAGACACUCACCCUCCUGAUUCGGAUAACUGAAAACUGUGUCACUGAGCGUUCUGCGUCCAAGGCUGCGGUGAUGACUUCCAUCCGAGUCGCUCAACGAGUGGAUCCUGAACUCAAAAUAAAGGCAUCAUUCGAGAUUGCCAAGAAAAGAUAUCGGAAGACAUUUUCAUGUUGUUGCGCAGUAUUCAAGAAGCACAAGAUGUGGAAUUUUCUACAUGCGCUUCAUACUGACAUCAUCGAUGGGUGGAACUUCUAUGACCUUCAUCAUAACUUGCACAGCCAAAAGUUCAGGCAAUCGAUAUCAAAAAUGGUCGAAGUUGAACCUACCAAAGGAUAUCGACACUUUUUCGGCCACGCGCCACUGAUUCAGCACUUCAUGUCCUACAUCGUCAACUUAACGCUUGUGUCGCAGACACUUUAUUCUGUGUCAAGAGGCCAGGAAAUCUCCCACAGUACCAUCAAGCUCGCUGUCUCUUCCUACCUUGCCUCCCCAAUGAGAGCAGAGGCUCGUACCUGGAUUCAGGCCUGUGAUAGGCAAUUGACCAUCCUGGAUAACGUAGAUCGGGAUAAAAUCGUUGAGGUGGUGCAAUCUUAUAGCACCAAUGCGACACAAAGCUUUGAGCUUCAACCCGAACUUCUGGGUCAGAGUUCCAGUAUUAAUAUUCCCGAUGCUGGAAUUCCCACUACCAGUAUUUUCAGUCCCGAAAUUCACGCUACCAGAAUUCACCGAUAUACCAGAGAGUCUCCCAGAAUUACCAUAGAGGCUCCCAGAAUUCAACGACCAGAAUUCUCGCUACUGCCACUGCAUGAAUUCACACCCCCGAGGCCAGAAAUCCUGCUACUGCUACCGCAUGCAUCCAGACGCCCGAGGCCAGAAAUCCUGCCACCGCCACCGCAUGCAUUCAAACGCCCGAGGCCGGAAAUCCUGCUACCGCCACCGCACGAAUUCACACUCCCGAUGCCAGAAAUCCUGCUACCGCCACAGCAUGACUUCAGACGCCCGAGGCCAGAAAUCCUACUACCGCCACCACAUGAACCCACACGCCCGAUGUCAGAAAUCCUGCUAUCACCACGCCCGAUACUAAAAUUCCCAGAAUUCUCAAUACCAGAAUUCCCGCUACCGAGUGGAGUUUCCAGUGCCGAAAUUCCCAAUACCAGAAUUCCCGCUACCAGAAUUUCUAGAGAGCCCAGAGAUCGCAGAAGUUCUACUCCUGAGUGGGAAUACGUUAGACCAAGGAGAAGAGAUGCGCGUAACAUCAGCGAAUCCCCUGACAUGGUAGAGCGGGUGGACGUUAGACCAAGGAGAAGAGGUGCACAUAGCAUCAGCGAAUUCCCUGACAUGGUGGAGCAGGUGGACGUUAACGACGCCACUCAAGCAUAG